AUGCUAGCCGAGGAUCCAAUUGUGCGGUUUCGUGCAAACGUUUUCAGACGAGUAGUUGACCAGAUUACGACUAGUAUUGACCAAUGCUUUAGUCAAAACGGUCAACUGAUUAAAGAUACAGCAUAUCUUGAUCCACGACGAUUUGAUGAAAUAGUCUUGUCUGGGGUUUCUGAAAACAGCCUUACUAAAGUUGCUAAGAUAACUGGCGUUGACCCUUUGUCACUGAAAGAAGAAUUAUGCUGUUUAGCGAGAAAUUUCACGGUGUUAUCACGAUCACUUCCUGAUGAGUCUGAAGGUGCUUCUGAUGACGUUGCCACCAUGACCAGUACCAAUGAGGAGGAGAGCAGUGAAGAGGAGAGCAGUGAUAAUGAAGACGGUUGUGUCAGCAAGAAUCCAGUACUAAGAAAUCGAAAUGCUGCUCGCAAAGGAAACUGUAAAAAGUGUCUUGCUUGCUGUCACAAAAUCCUCUUCAAGUGCUCAAUCAUCACUUCAGCUCUAACAAAUUUGUUUGUUGUGUACGAAUAUUUGUUGACAUUGUCAUUUACGCAAGUUAACUGUGAAAGGGCAUUUAGCAAGUUGAAACAAAUAAAAACUAGAUUAAAAUCAAGUUAG